AUGUGUAGAAGACACUGGAUCUAAAGGUGUUUAUGGACACAUAGAAUAAUGAUUCAUCACUCUCUGACAGAAACGAAAGAUAGAUGGGGAAGGAAAAUAUAGGAAAGAAUAUUAGUUAUGGGUUAAAAUAGGGAAGAUAUUAUAAUCUAAUUAAUAAUUGAUGAUGGACUUGGAUCUAGUAGAUAUAGAUAAUAUGGUUUGUUUAAGAUUUCAAUCUUAUUGGAAUUACUGAAGGGGAUUACCAUACUUAAUGAAUUUCUGAUAAUGCUUCUUAAUUCACUCUAUAAGGAUAAUUACCUGGAUAAUCAUCUAUUAAUCACAGAAAAACAGUUUUCUUAGAGGAAAAGUAUUAUGCCAGAGCUGCUCAUUAAUAAGAAAAUAAAGAGAAAGGUAUUUAAUAUUCCACUAUAUUUACCUCCUGGAUUUGUAUCUAUUUUUUAACAUCAUUUACUAUAAGUAUGAAAGAUGUAUAAAAAGUUACCAAAAUAACAAAGAUUUAUUAUAAUACUAAGAUAGCUAUCUAG